AUGCUCCAAAAGAAGCUUCGAGACACGUUCAAGUACCAAAUCAAGGCAAAUGGAUCAAAAUUUCCUAAUGGUAGAAGAUGCAUAUGGAGAAGGCUUGCAACCAAAACUGGACUUGAAGGCUUUUGGGACUUUGAAGAUUCUAGUUUUAGGAAUUUCCUUUUUACUUGGCUCAAACCUAGACCUCAUAUCUCAAUUUUGGUAUAG